UGAUACAAACAGAUAUAAGUCACUUACUAAGCAUUCUGUUUGCCCAUCCCCUGUGUUUUUGCUCUGUUUUUCUCUUCCUCUGUUUCUUCACUCCCCGUUUGAGGUACACUUUUGCCAACACUUCUUUCUUCUUCUUUGUUCUCUCUAUUUCAUUUUCUACCUUAUACAGAGGAGGAACCUGAGUAAUUCAGCAUGCAGAGGUUUCUUCAACAAAGGGGAGUUAAGGAGGUAAAUAGAAGUUGCGUAGAUUGUCACACAACGAGAACACCCUUAUGGAGAGGUGGUCCAGCCGGACCCAAGUCACUUUGCAAUGCUUGUGGGAUCAAAUACAGGAAAAGAAAGAAGGCUCUUCUUGGUUUGGGCAAGGAGAGAAUAGAGAUGAGUAAAAGAGAAAAUGGGAUGGAAAUGCUAUUGCGGAGAAAACUGUUAGGAGAAGAAGAAAAAGCUGCUAUGCUCUUGAUGGCUCUGUCUUGUGGCUCUGUUCAUGCAUGGAAUAGAGGCAAAAUCUAGAAAAAUUGAAAUAGAAAAUCAAUCAGCCCUUCUUUUUGGCUAGCCAAUAAGAACCCUUUCUAGUUUCUUUUUUUUUUUUUUUAAUUUGUUUUGCAUUUUUUUUGUCAUUUUUUUAGAACCUUAGAGGCAGGAUUCAAAUUUCAUACAAUUAAAUUUAAUUCAAAAAAUCUCUAAUAUAGAAAGAGUGAUAAUUAGACUACAAGG